UCUUGCAGGCUUGCAGCUUGAAAGGCCUUGAAAUCUUUUGACAUAUGGGCUGAAAAAGUAAGUUUGGUGUCCUCGUUAUUUGUGGGAUAACAUCAUCGACUGAUAUGUCCAGGAAGAGUCUUAAGGAGACAUCUUCGGAUUGGGCAAGAUUGGUAUGUCGCUUAGCCUUCAAGUCUAAAUCAAAGGAUUUAGAUUAGUUCACUUCCAAUAGUCACAGACAGCAAACAUGGCAGAAAUAAGCCUGGGGAUACUAAUAGAUAUUGUGGAUGAGGAUUGGAUGAGAGACACCUUGCCUAAUGAUGAUCUUCCAUUACCACCAGUUUUGGUUGUUAGAAAUGAUGACACUGAGGAAUCAAAUCAGGAGACUCAACAGGUUGGUGGAGAUAUUUGGCAUGAUCUUGCAUUAGGCACUCAAUACAGCUCUCAUGCCUCAGGAGGUGCAUAAGCAAUACUUUUGAAGUGGUUGGAUCCUUUUUAUUGAGGGAUUUGAAGUUCAUGGCUCUCUUUCCUUGUGUGAGAACCCUUAGAAUUUUUCAUGUAAAAGACUGUAGUUUUAUUUUGAUAAUCAUACGAGAAGACUUUGGUUAUUAGUCCUUUGAUGGAAGAGCUAUGGUGAAGUGUCAAUUUAUACAAUGUUCUCUUUUGCACUGGCACAUCACCAUGUAUAUAUAUGUACUUCACUUCCCUGUCAUGUGGAGUUCAUCCUUAAGUUCUCUUCGUCUGCAGUAA